GUGUGUGUGUGUGUGCGCGUGUGUGUGUGCGCGUGUUCUCAUACACAGAGAGCUAACUUCCUCCUGUGUACGACAUCUUCAUGUAGUUUUGUCAGAUUUCAAUCUUCCACAUUAUCACAGAGUGUGAGACACCAUGAGAAACGGACAAACAAAAGGUUUACUGCUCUUCUGCCUCGUCUUCGUCAAAGGUUGUCUAGCCGGUGAUGACAUCAUCAUGUCUGAGCAUGUGCGAGCUCGUCUCGGUCAGUCUGUGUCUCUUUACUGUAAAGUUAAAGAUGAACUCCAUGUGAGUCUGUUCGAGUGGAGUCGCUGUAACGACUCGUCCUCCAUCGGUGUGUUUAAUCCGGGAGGCGACUCUCACAUUAAGGAGCCCUACAUCGGCCACGUCUCAAUCUCAGAGUACCACACUCUCACCAUUACUCAGGUGCAGGAAAGAGAUUUUGGAGAAUAUUGCUGCAAAGUGACCACGUUCCCUAAAGGGAGUCUGGAAGGACGAGUCCUCCUUCUGAAAGACGAGGAAAAGAAUGAGGAAGUGACCAAGGAAAUGGACAAGGAAGUUGACCAGGAAGUGGACAAACCCAACAGCCCACCUGCAGGUCUGCCUGUGAUGAUGAUAGUGUACAUCACUUGUGGUGUCCUUGGGGUUGUCAUUUUGACCGCUGUCAUCACUGUGCUUUGUAGUAAGAGGAGAAGAAAACUGCAAAACCCAGUGCAUGUGACGGUGACCCACACCUCCCUCUCAAACAAACAGCCAUCACUCCUGCUGAAAGACUCACACACUCCGUCACACACUCCGUCACACACUCCGUCACACACACCCAGACGUGAUGACGAGGGUGAUGACAAUGAUGAUGAUAUGUACCUGAACAUAAAAGACUCAGAGCCGUAGAGCACUUCUCUAUUCUUUAAACCCAGGUUUAGUUGUGUAAAUAAUUUAGCUGUGUUGUAGUUUGUGUAAAUGUUGUUGUGUUUUUAAUCAUUAA